AUGGAAGUAUUUCAUCUAAAAAUCAUUGCAAUACAAGACUCCACUAAUUAAGUAUUACAAUAUUGCUUAUACUUUUCAAAUCUAAAAUUAAUGAAUAUUUACUCACUGCAUGGGUACAAAAUAAUUUAACCUCUCAAGUACUCAGUUAGCUAAAGUUAUUUAGGUAUUUUAACGACCAAGAACAAUAGCAAAUAUCUUAUGCUUUUUUUGUUUCUAUAUAUACCAGAUGUUCAAUUGAAAUAAGUUAUAAAAGUAAGUAAUGACCAAUGGUUUUACAUAAAUGAUAAUAUAUUUUACCAUGAUGAACAAGGGGAUUUGUCGGUAAUUAAUAUGCAUUAUUUCAACAUAUCUUGCUAAUUAAAUUAAAACAAUUAUUCUGAAUUUUUUUAAUACAAUAGUAUUAAUCUUGAGUUAAAAUCAGAAAUAGACAAUUCAACAAUUGGAUUGAAACAAUUAUAGAUUUUAAUAUUAAAUUAAUGUCAAAAAUUAUAACCAAAACAAGCAAAAUUAUUUCUCUUGAGUCAUUCAAAUAACACUUUAAGUAUUCAUCUUGCUCAAUACUUUUAUGGGGCUGUAGAUACUUUAUAUUUGAAUGGGCAAUGUGAUGCUAAAUUAAAAGGACCAUUUUUAGUAAAAUAUUAGAUAGAUGAAUGUAAAAGUGAGAUUAUAGAUGAAGAAAUUUGUUUAAAAUAUGACAAAUUAUAAUUAGAACCUGAUAGAAACUCCUAAAUUAUAAAUUCUCUAGUAUUUAAUUUCGGAUUUAACUAGGUUAAAUUAAGGUAGGAUAUCAUUAUAAUUUAGAUUAAUUAGUCUAAUGUUCUUAUUUUUCCUUAAAAUUAUUUCUUAAUCGAUAAUUCUAUUGUUAUUUUUAAAAUAGUUAACUUUUCUCUCCAAAUUUUAAUAAUUAAGCCAGAUUUGGAAUAAACUACAUUUGA